AUGCCUGAGGCAGUGCAUCUGCAGGUCUUCCUCAGUGCAGGACUGUCCCUCCUCUGCCUCAGCAUCCUCCUGGGCUGUGCCAUGUGCUGGUGGCACCGCCGGCGCCCGAGUCCCCGGGAGUGGGCAGCCCUGGAGCUGGGACCUGCUCUGCCUGCCGUGACUGUGCCAGUGCCCAUCCAGCAGCAGUACGAGGAGAUGGCAGGAGAGGUGCUGGGUGCCCGGGCAAAAGAGAGUUCCUUGGCAUCACCAGCAUCCCGUGGGAGCUCGCUCCAUGUCAGAGCAUCCUUGCCCACUCUCCCCUUCCUCCCGCAGCUGGCGGGAGCGUGGCGGCACCGCUGCACCAUCUCCAGAGCCACACUCCUCCUCAACAAGGAGAGCCCGCUGGUUCACCCCACGGCAGGAUCCCCACUGCCCUCCGAGCAGCGUCCCCGGCUCCACUGCCACUUGUCUUACUCAGCACCCGAGGCCAUUCUCACCGUGACGGUUCUCGGCGUCUCCCACCUGCCCGAGGGGCUGUGGGACGAGCGGGGCUCCUACAUCAAGGUGUACCUGGUGCCGCGGUUCCCGGCGUGCCAGCACACGGCUGUGUGCCGCCGGAGCCUCCGCCCGGCCGCCCUGGAGCCGUGCCGGUUCGGCCCACACAGCCCAGAGGAGCUGAGCAGCUUCACCCUGCACUUCGCCGUCUACGCCAGGUCGCGCAGCCUCAGGGACUCUUUCGUGGGGGAGGUCCUGUUCCCCUGCGCCCAGGCCUCUUGGGGCCCCCGGGCCUCUUCCAGCUACACCUGGGAGCUGGCGAGCACCAAAACCAAGCAGAGGAAGUGCCUCAGAGUCCACGGCACGAGCUGCAGCGUCCUCUCCUCAUCACCCAAAUCCCUCGGCCAGCUCUUCAUUCUCCUCCAGUACCAGGCUCUGGCCAGCCGCAUCAAGGUGCUGGUCCGCAAGGCAGAGGACCUGGGCCGGCUCUCACGCAUGCCAGGCACUCCAGGUCACUACAUCGUCAUCCACCUUUACCACGACGGCUGUGUCAUUGACACCAAGGAGACCAAGUCCAUCAGCGGCUACAACCCUGUGUGGAACAAGCCUUUCCUCUUCAACAUCCCUGCUGGGGACAUCCAGCAGCAAGAGCUGGCACUGGAGUUCAUUGUCAUGCAGGCUCGCCUCCACGCCCGUGGCUCCGCGCUGGGCUGCGUGCAGGUGGGGCCGCGUGCCCCUGGGACCGGGCUGCUCCACUGGAGGGACAUGUGCAGCCGGGGACCACAGGAGUCAGCACAGUGGCACCAGAUCCAGCCCAACACCCCCAGACCCUGA